AUGUUCAACCCCGCCAGCCCCCCGGCCGCCGGUUAUGCUGAGCACUGCUGCCUGCGACCCCCCCGCGGACCGGCCCUGGCUGCUCCAGGACCACCAGGACUCGAUUUCCCCUUGUGCCACCAGCCAACCCUCGCCAGCAGUCACCGCGGUUAUGGGUUGGUGCCAGGAGCUGAGCACCCGGGCAGUGGUGAUGGCUCACGAUUCUCAACGCCACGUGGCGCAGGCAAGCUGGGCAAGAAGAGAGCUUUGUCCAUCUCACCCCUGUCAGACUCCAGCAUCGACCUGCAGACUGUCAUCCGCACCUCCCCCAACUCCCUCGUGGCCUUCAUCAACUCUCGCUGCGCUUCUGCCAGCGGCUCCUACGGGCACCUCUCCAUCAGCACCAUCAGUCCAUCAGUGGGGUACCAGAGUCCACCAGCCCAGCAGAAGGGCCAAGGCCACCUGUACACCCACACCCCUCCACCACCACCCUGCAGCUCCCAUGAGCACCUCCCCACCCGCCCAGGGCUCCUGCACCAUGGCCCAGCUCGGGGGACCCUCAAACACUGCCAGCAGCUGAAGCUGGAGUGGAGCCUGAGCAGCCCUCUGAGUGUCAAAUACCCAGAGGAGCGAUCUGAGGGUGACAUCUCCAGCCCAGCUUCCACGGGCACCCAGGACCCCUUGCUGGGGAUGCUGGAUGUGAGGGAGGAUCUGGAGAAGGAGGAUGGGAAGCCUGAGUCUGAGGCUGUCUACGAAACCAACUGCUACUGGGAGGGCUGUGCCAAGGAGUUCGACACACAGGAGCAGCUGGUGCAUCACAUCAACAAUGAACAUAUCCAUGGGGAGAAGAAGGAGUUUGUGUGCCACUGGGCAGCGUGUUCCCGGGAGCAGAGGCCCUUCAAGGCUCAGUACAUGCUGGUGGUGCACAUGAGGCGGCACACGGGCGAGAAGCCUCACAAGUGCACGUUCGAGGGCUGCCACAAGGCCUACUCACGCCUGGAGAACCUCAAGACUCACCUGCGGUCGCACACGGGUGAGAAACCCUACGUGUGCGAGCACCAGGGCUGCAGCAAGGCCUUCUCCAACGCCUCCGACCGCGCCAAGCACCAGAACCGCACCCACUCCAACGAGAAGCCCUACGUCUGCAAGAUCCCAGGCUGCACCAAGCGCUACACCGACCCCAGCUCUCUGCGCAAGCACGUCAAGACCGUGCACGGCCCCGACGCCCACGUCACCAAGAAGCACCGAGGGGACCUGGUGCCAGGCCGUGUGCUGCCCACCCCUGCUGCCCCCCCGGACAUGAAGCAGGAGAAAGACACAAAUUGCCCCAGCGAGGCCCGGAAGGAUGACAGCAAACUCCUGGUGCCCGACUUGGCCUUGAAGCCACAACCCAGCCCCGGUGGGCAAUCGUCCUGCAGCAGCGACCACUCCCCGCUGGGCAGCACCACCAACAACGACAGUGGGGUGGAGAUGGCUGCCAACGCUGGCGGCAGCUGCGAGGAUCUGUCCACCCUGGAGGACGUGGUGCCCGGCGAGCCCAUGGGCACCUCGGGGCUCAUGGCCCUGCACAAGCUGGAGAACCUCCGCAUCGACAAACUGAAGCAGCUGAGGAAGCCCUCGGCCGCCAAGGGCCUGAGCCUGCCGCCCAUCCCCGGAGCCGGCCUGCCGGGGGAGGUCCCCGGGCUGCCGGUGCCCCCCGCGGCCGCCUCGCACCGGCGCAUCGCGGAGCUGUCGGCGGCGGAGCUGUGCCCGGCGGGGGGCGAGCGCCGCAGCAGCGCCACCAGCACCGUCAGCUCCGCCUACACCGUCAGCCGCCGCUCCUCCCUCGCCUCCCCGUACCUGCCCGGGCCCUGCCUGGGCGGCGAGAUGGGCACGGUGCCCGGCGGGACCGGCCUGGCAGACGGCUACGACCCCAUCUCUCCGGAUGGCUCUCGCCGCUCCAGCGAUGCCAGCCACUGCGGGGGGCUGCCCGGCGUGGGCAGCCUCACCCCCGCCCAGCGCUACCGCCUGAAGGCCAAAUACGCUGCGGCCACAGGAGGGCCACCCCCGACCCCGCUGCCCAGCCUGGAGCGGGUGCCCGCGGGUGGGCACAGCAGCUCACCCCGGGACUGCCUGGGGCCAGCCCAGCCUCGCUGCGUUGCCAAUGGGCUGCUGCGGAGGCACAGUGCCAACGACUCCCCCGGCUGCCCGGGCAGCCUUGCCCCCCAGCUGGUGCCACGCCAGGGCGUGCGGCGAGCCAGCGACCCUGCCCGGCCCGCAGCUAACCCUCAGGCCGUGCCCAGGGUGCAUCGAUUCAAGAGCAUGGGCAACAUGAACAUGCCAGGAGCGGGCAGAACUGUGCUGCAGCCCUUGGGCAGCUCCGAUGCCAAUCUUCAGCGCCACAUCUUCCCCCCAUGCCCUCCCAGCAUCAGUGAAAACGUCUUCCUGGAGAGUAUGAGCGUGGAGGGCCCUGGCACGGAGCCUGGCAUGCUGGAGAUGGAGCAGUAUUUGAGCUACCCUGAGGAGAACUUCCCGUGCCAGGCAGCGGGCACGGAGCUCCAGUGUGAAGGUCUCUAUGGCAGCACUCACCGGACCACGGGGGGCAUGCAGCUGACCCCUGCAGGCCAUGGGGACGUGGGGCAGGGCUUGCUCCAGUCUGAGUUCUCCCUCCCUCAGUGCCAGCUGAACCAGCACUUCCCCAGUGUGCACGCUGGCAAUGGCACCAUGGCAGCUUCCUGGGAUGAACCUCCCCAGGGCACUCUGGAGAUGAGUUCUGGGCACUCAGGGCUUGGCACCUCUGCUGCAGCCAUGCCCGGGCCCCACUGUCACCACCUGAGUACUGAGUACCCACAGCCCUGCUCCUGUGGGCAGCAGCCCAAGCUCCUGAGCUCGUGCCAGGCCCCUGGGUUUGCUGGGGGGCAGCGACUGAACCGCCUGCAGAUCAAAUCUGAGCAGCGUUACCCAGCACCUGCCCCAGCACUGGCACCCUGCCAGAGUGCCAAGCUUGCUGGGCACGGGCAGCCUCCUGCCUCCUUUGGCCAAGCUGUGACCGUGGGGCCUGGAGGUUACCAGCCUGAGGAGCAGGCAGCUGGGGGCUACGUGGGCAUGCUGAGCCCAGGGGCUAGGAGAGCACAGACCCCUACCAUGCAGAGCAAGGAAGUGAUGGUCCGCAGCUACGUGCAGGCCCAGCAGGCUCUGAUGUGGGGAGACCAAGCAGCCUCCAAGGGAGGGGAUGCUGGCAUGGGGCUGGGCACUGAAGCUGGGCAGUGCCAAGCCAUGCAGGCACCACUGUACCCCAGCCCCAAGUACUCUGCUUACCAAACCAAACCGGACCAGCUGCAGGGGCUAGCAGAGCCCCACCACCUCCUGAGUUCAUGCUUCAACCCUGAGAUGGUGCCACAUCCACCUGGUGGCCCUAAGCCCCCUGGGCACCAAACCAGCCUGAACUAUGUGGGCAGCCUGGCUCAGCCAGCUCAUUCCUACGAGGGAGCAGAUGCCAGUGCCCGGCGGGUGCUUCGCCUGCCCCCUGCCCACCCCACACCCGAGGGGCCCAGCAGCUCUCUGCAGUACUACCCAGGCCAGGGCACAGAUCUGCAGGUGGGCAAAGGUGGGCAGAAGCUGCUGGGCCAAACGACAGCAAGCUGUGGGGGCCCUGGGCAUUAUGGGGGGGGCUUGGAAGGACUCAAAGGCAGCUCCUAUUACUACCUGGAUUCGGGGGAGCAGGUGGGCAACAGCCUGGACUCCCUGGACCUGGAGAACACGCACCUUGACUUUGCUGCCAUUGUGGACGACACGGAGCCCCCUGCACUGCUGCCUGGGCCCCCGAGCCCCACGGGCAGCCUCCUGCUUCCUGGUGGUGCCAACAUGGCUGUGGGUGACAUGAGCUCCAUGUUGAGCACUCUGGCAGGGGAGAGCAAUUUCCUCAACUCUCUCUCCUAA